CUCCAAAGUCCUUGGAAGAAUUCUCUGCAUUAUUGGAUAAUUGUUCUAAUGGUGACAUUAUGUUGAUAAUCAAUCGCAUUCGAGUGAGCAAUGCAAUCAAGCUUGCAGCAGAAAAUCGGAAGAAGAUGCAAGUGUUUUAUGGUGUGUUGCUACAAUAUUUUGCUGUACUGGGAAAUAAAAGGCCAUUGAAUAUUGACUUACUGGAUUUGUUGGUGAAGCCAUUGAUGGAAAUGAGUGUGGAGAUUCCUUACUUUGCUGCAAUAUGUGCUCGUCAAAGGAUUUUGCGAACUCGAACACAAUUUUGUGAGGUUAUCAAGAACCCAGAAAACAGUUGUUGGCCUUCUUCAAAGACGUUAAUUCUUUUGAGGCUUUGGUCUCUAAUAUUUCCCUGCUCUGACUUCCGUCACGCGGUCAUGACUCCAGCUAUACUGUUGAUGUGUGAAUAUCUUAUGCGUUGCCUCAUUGUGUCUGGUCGUGACAUUGAAGUUGGCUCUUUCAUUUGCUCAAUGCUUUUCUCUGUUGCUAAACAAUCUAAGAAGUUCUGUCCUGAAGCAAUUGGGUUUCUUCGAAUGCUGCUGAUGGCAGCAAAAGAUGAAAAACCAAUGUCAAAUCAGGAUACUCAAUACUAUUAUCUUAUGGAGAUAAAGGAGCUCAAGCCCCUGCUUUCUACACGUGGUCAUGUAAAUGAGAUCAAUCCAUUGAAUUUCUUCACUAUAUUGGACCUACCAGAGGACUCUCCCUUUUUUGACACCGACAGUUUUAGCAAUUAUUCAUCACCUGGCAAGCGAUGUGUCGUCAUCAUGCGGGCGAUUAUCAGGUACAUUUGCUGGCAGUAGUAUUAUUAUUCUUUUAUUCUUUUUAAUAUUAUACAUGUGUAUU